CCAGAGGGGUCUGCAGGUCCCCCAGCUCCUGGGCAGCCCAGGUCGUUCCACGGGAUCACACACCCGGGGACCCGUGUGGGGUGUAGGGAUGCCCUGGGACCUCGCCUGGGGGUUUGGGGAGCAGCGUCGCAGGGCGAGGGGGCAGGGGGUGGUGCCAGCAGCCCCCCGGCAGGUCCCCGAGGCCGGGGGCGGCCGUGGCAUCCCUGCAAUGCACUUGGCAUCGGCUCGCCCGGCUGGCGCUCGCUGAGUCCAUGUGAUCGAGGGGCUGCUCUGCCCCGCCGGGUCCAGCCGCCGGCACGGCGGGCGAGCCAGAAGGACGAGCCAGCGGCCCCGGCGGAGCGGCCCCAGCACCGAGGAGGGUCCCCCGGCCCCGGCUGGCUCCGCCGGGGCCCCCCUGCCGUGAUGCCCCGCGCGAAGAGGGACCCCGGGCCGCUGUCCCCCGCCGAGCUGCCCGGCCCCGACGGCGACGGUCCCCGCCCGGGGGGGGACGGCCGGCGGUCCGCGGAGGAGGAGGAGGAGGGAAACCUCCCCGGGCUGCCCCGCGACGACCUCGCCAAGAGCAUGUCGGGGUCCUCCGUGUCCUCCUACCACUCCGCGCUGUGCUCGGACGGCACGGAGACCUUCAAGGACUGCCUGGAGUAUCUGGACGAGGAGGGGCCGCCCCCCCGGGCUGCCCCGGAGCGCUGGGCUCCGGCGGGGGCCCCCGGCGAUCCCCCGCCCGGCCCCCUCGCCCGCCCGCAGCAGGCUCAGCUGUCCGGCCCGGCUAAGAAUAGCCCAGCGCCGGGGCAGGGGGGCAGGAUGGGUCCCCGCGGCGGGGACCGGCAGCCCGGGACGGCCGCGGCGGCGGGCGGGGAGCCGGCGGUGCCCCGGCAGCCCGGGGGGAUGCUCGGCGGGGCGCCCAGCGACUCGGACGAGCUGGACGGCGAGGUGCAGGCGCUGACGGCCAGGGCUUUCCGCAGCCUCUCGGGGCUCCCCGGCGCCCGCCUCGACAUGUGCAGCUCCCACACCUCGUCCAGCCUCUCCAACUCGCUGUCGGAGGACGGCGGGCGCCCGCGGCGGUGGCCGGCGGCCGCCGGGGAGCCCCGGGGCGCAGGGACGGCCCUCCACGGCAGGGUGGGCUGGCCCUUCCCCGCCGCUGUGGACGGGGAGCUGCUGGGGAAGGAGCAGUUCGAGUGCGUGGACGUGGAGCUGGAGAGUGGAGAGGCCAGGAAAGGCCACGGCAAGAAGAGGACGGUGCCCAAGCGCCAGAUCCUGCUGAAGAGGAAGGAGAGGAAGGAGACGGGUUUUGGCCCCCGGGGAGACGGCCCGGCGCCCCAGCCCCAGCCCCCUGCCAGGAAGGAGCCCCCCAGCAAGGGCAGGGCCAUCGGCGACGACUUCAGGCUCAACUACCAGCAGUUCAUGAAGACGGCCUCCCUGGACAGCGGCACCGACAGGACCAGGGCGGCCUCAUGCCUCGUGAAAAACGUCCUGGCCAAGAAGAUGCAGUACGAGCAACGCAUCAAGAUGGAGCAGAAGGGGCUGCGGGGCAGCUCCACCUCCUCGGGGCCGUCCUCCGCCGGCACCGACCUGCUGGGGGAUGGUCUGGAGGGCAAGUCCAGCUCACUGUCGCGCUCAGACUGCAGCUUCUCGGCCGAGGACCUGCGGGGCGGCGGGAUGCCCGUGUCCGUGGGGAACACCACCACCACCCAUCCCACCAAGGGGGUGGUGCUGAGCGAGGCGACCAGGGAGACUGUCUGCAACCUGAGGAAGACCUUCAAUGAGCUCAACCAGAGGAUGAAGUACCAGGAGGUGCUGGAGGGCCGCUGGCUGCCCAGUGCCAGUGAGGAACAGACGUCGGAGAGGAUCUGCUACCAGCGAGCGCGCGCCUUGUUCGAAGGCCAGCCCGGGGUGGGGAAGGUGCUGGAUGUCGCCCCCAGAUUUGGGAGAGCACCAAAGCCGUGGCCCAGCUUGAAGGAGCGAGCCAUCGGCCCCAUCCGCUCUCAAGCCCUCCCCUUCAAGGCCGACAGCUGGGCACUCCCCGCCACGCCACCGCGACGUCACUUCGCCCCCCGGGCACAGGAGAUGAGGAAGCUGCCGCAGAGCCGGCCGGAGGAGAAGCCACCGGCAGCGCCCCGCCGGCCACCCAGCCCUGGCAUCCCGGCACCCCGGAGGUCCCCACCGGCCGUCCCCCCCAAGCCGGAGGAGAAGGGGAAGGGGCGCGUCCCGCAGCCCCGAGACGUGCGCAAGCUGGUGAAGAGCAGCUACAGCCUCAGCUUCGGGACUGCCGGCGCAUCCCGUGGCACUGCGGCACCGGCGAGGAGCGGGGACCCGCUCCCGGCCACCCCGCUGGUCAUCCACUGCACCUCCGUGCGCCGCCGGGAGCCCGCGGCCGAGCCGGGCGGGGAGGAGGUGCCGGCAGCCGCCGGCCGAGAGCCGGCCCCAGUGUGUGCCGAGGGGCCCGCAAAGCCCCCAGGCAGCCAGCCCUCGCCCACCCACAGCUCCCCCAUCAACAUCACGAGGGUCCAGGCCACGCGCAGGGAAGCGGCCACCGUGGAGGACCCGCCGGUGUCCCCCCCGCGCCGGGAGCGGAGCGAGCUCAGGGUGCCACCGCGGGCGCCGGUGGCCGAGGGGGUGCCGCACGUGGAGACCCACCUGCACGUCCUGGUGGGUCGGCCGUCCCCGGUGGCCAGGGAGGGCUCCCCGGCCCAGAGCAGCGCCCUGCUGCGGACAGAGAAGACCGUUCUCCUCCCUCCGUCGCCACCCGGUCCCACGGAGGGAAAGGAGGGACGCAGCCUUGGUGGCACUGGAGGGCUCCACGUGGCCAAGGGGGGCGAGGUGACGGGGCAGUGGCUUGGCGGCAGUGACAGCGGGGACCCCCGGGCAGGGCCCCCGGCCGGCGGCAGCGCCCACCCCCGGCCUGCGGAACCGGCCGCGAGGAGCCUGGCGGAGCCACGGGCCGGCGAGCACAGGCAGGAGCCGCUGGGCAGCCGGAGGGUGUCGGUGGGCAGUGGCGGCUCUGCUGGUGGCACCGGCCCCUCUGCCCCUCUCCGAGCCGGGGAGAGAGGUGACGGUGCCCCCGGGCAGCUGCCAGAGUGGAGGGAGCCCUGGGAGCUCUCACCGCAGUGGCCGGGAGCCACAGAGCCACACCCGCCUGACAACUCCAACUACUUGGCAAUGCCCGAGAGAGCCCCCAAAUCCUCACCAAUGCCAAAGCUGCCCUCAGUCCCCUACCCAGGCACUGCAUCCUUUGGGACCCCCUUGGUCCCCAGCCCAGCCAGCUCAUCCUUUGGGACCCCCUUGGUUCCCAACCCAGGCAGUGCGUCCUUUGGGACCCCCUUAGUCCCCAGCCCAGCCAACACAUCCUUUGGGACCCCCUUAGUCCCCAGCCCAGCCAACACAUCCUUUGGGACCCCCUUGGUUCCCAACCCAGCCAACACAUCCUUUGGGACCCCCUUGGUUCCCAACCCAGCCAACACAUCUUUUGGGACCCCCUUGGUUCCCAACCCAGCCAGCACAUCCUUUGGGACCCCUUUGAUCCCCAACCUGGCCAGCACAUCCUUUGGGACCCCUGCAGUCCCCAGCCUGUCCAGUGCAUCCUUUGGGACCUCCAUGGUCACCAAUGUGACUAACUCAUCCUUUGGCUACCCAUCUGCCUCCAGCCUGGCCAGCACAUCAUUUGGGACUCCCUUGGUCUCCAACCACAGCAAGUCUUUCGGGACCCCUUUGGUUCCCAACCUGUGCAGCACAUCCUUUGGGAACCCCUUGGUCUCCAAUCCAACCAGCGUAUCCAUUGGGUCCCCCUCGUUCCCCAGUCCAUCCAGCGCAUCUUUUGGGUCUCCCUUGGUCCCCAAUCCAUCCAGCAUAUCUUUUGGGUCCCCACUGGUCCACAAUGCACCCAAUGUAUCUUUUGGGAACCCCUUGGUGCCCAAUCCAUCCAGUGCAUCCUUUGGGAACCCUUUGAUGCCCAAUCCAUCCAGUGCAUCCUUUGGGAACCCCUUGGUGCCCAAUCCAUCCAGUGCAUCCUUUGGGAACCCCUUGGUCCCCAACCCCACCAGCUCAUCCUUUGGAUCCCCCUUGGUCACCAACCCAGUCCCAGCUUCCCUUGGGCAUCCGUCAGUCUCCAGCAUGUCCAGCUCUUUCUUUGGAUCCCCUCUGGUCCCCAACCCAGCCAGUGCUCCGCUGGGACCGGGGCUGUAUCCCCUGGCUGGUGGGGAAGCGCCCUGGAGCAAACCCAGCCCUGAGCCCCCCCUGCCCCGGCCCCCCGAGGGCCCAGCCGCUGCAGAGCCCCCGGCCCAGCCCCCCCUGGAGGACGGUCCCCACUUCCUAAGGAGGACUGACAUUGCCUCACCGAGUGGCAGGAGCAGGCAGAGCCCCCCCAAGCCCCCGGCCGCCCCCCUGCCCCCCCAGCGGAGGAUGCUGGUCGAUCCCAGCAGCGGGAAGUGCUACUACGUGGAGCCCCCGCGGCAGCCCCAGAUGAAAACACUCUACGACCCCGAGACCGGGCAGUACCUGGAGGUGCUCGUCCCACCAGUGGCAUCUCACACCGGGCUCUACCAGGCACCUUUCAACCCCCUGGUCAUGGCCCCGGGGGUCUAUGGCCCAUCCUACACACCCUACGGUGGCUUCCCGGGGCUCCCGGCACCGCCCCCACCCUCCGCCCCCUCCCCGCCACACCCCGACCUGCCGGCUGCCGACAACCCCGGCUCGGCCGGGACCCCCAGCUCUGCUCCCAAGGGCGAGGGGGCUUCUGCUACCGGGGGUCCCGACUGUGGGUACCUGGAGAGCCUGUACUACAUCCCCACGGGGAUGCGGGCCAGCCCCAGCCCCGCCCAGCCGCCUGCCCGCACCAGCCCCGAGAAGGGACCUCAGCUCCGGAUGUGACGGGACGGACCCGCCUGGAAUAUCCCUUCCCGUGGCUGGGCUUUAGUCCCACAGUCAGCAUCACCCCUGGCACGGGAGUGCCCCUGCCCACGGCUGAGUGGGCACCGG